AUGGCUGCCUCGGACACACAUCUUUUUGAACGGCUACAAUCAUACCCAUUUAGCUCAGACGCGGAAUUUGCGAAUGGCCUUUCAAUCAUCCUCGGUCAUCCGGAAACCCCCGCCUCCGAGGCAGAGAUGAAUCGGGAUGACGACCUCGUUCUACAAGCAAAAUGUUUCUUCUUCUCACGCAAAGAACAGCUCUCUCCUGCCAUUGACUUUGCCGCCUUUAAGUCCUGGGUAGCGGGGACAGCGCAAGUCCCCGAGACCAUCGAGACCACACAGACAUCGACCGAGUCAUCCAAGCCCACUUCUCCUGACGAUGGGAAUGCAACCAAUACCGAGCCGGUGUAUCCGUCCUCCUUUGCGCAUAUUGUGGAGCUCAUCACCACAGGACAACCAAUUCCGGGUAUCCAGGAAAUUCCCGACACGGUCUUGACCGGUCACGAUAUCGCCAGCGAGAAGCCCCGGCGACGCAAACCUUGGGAGAAAGACGAAGUAGUCGAUACUCCCGAGCAAACUGCUAGUGCUGCUCCAUGA